UGAUCGACAGAAAGACAAUUUCAGAAAACUCUUGUAAAAAUGGAUAAGAGCAUCUCUGAAAACGGAGAAACAGUUGCCGACGGUUCGAUCCGUGGAUAUGAUUCGUUACACCAACUCUUAUCCACAAAUCUCAAGCCUGAGCUCUAUCAGGAGGUAAGCAGAUUGCUACUUGGAAGUAACUGUGGUAGAUCGCUUGAACAGAUUGUUUUGUCAGAUUCUGCUAAAGCCCUCUCUUCAAAACAUGCUUUUGAUCUCCAGGCGGUUAGCUUUUCAGCUGAUGAAGAGCAAAUGAGAAAGCCACGAGUUGUCAGAGUUGGUCUCAUUCAAAACUCCAUUGCUCUUCCAACCACUGCUCCUUUCUCCGACCAGAAAAAAGGAAUAUUCGAGAAGUUAAAGCCGAUGAUCGACGCUGCAGGUGUUGCUGGUGUUAACAUACUCUGCUUACAGGAAGCUUGGACUAUGCCGUUUGCAUUCUGUACAAGAGAGAAGAAAUGGUGUGAAUUCGCAGAGCCUGUUGAUGGUGAAUCAACAAAGUUUCUUCAAAAACUAGCCAAAAAGUACAACAUGGUGAUUGUAAGUCCUAUCCUCGAAAGAGACAUGGAUCACGGUGAAGUACUUUGGAACACUGCUGUGAUCAUAGGGAACAACGGUAACAUCAUUGGCAAGCAUAGGAAGAACCAUAUACCAAGGGUAGGAGAUUUCAACGAGAGCACGUAUUACAUGGAAGGAGACACUGGCCAUCCUGUGUUCGAGACAGUGUUUGGGAAAAUAGCAGUCAAUAUAUGUUACGGAAGACACCAUCCUCUAAACUGGUUAGCUUUUGGUCUAAACGGUGCUGAGAUUGUCUUCAACCCUUCAGCUACUGUUGGUGAACUCAGUGAACCAAUGUGGCCUAUUGAGGCAAGAAACGCUGCGAUAGCGAACAGUUACUUUGUGGGAUCUAUUAACAGAGUUGGAACCGAAGUGUUCCCAAAUGCUUUCACUUCAGGAGAUGGCAAACCGCAGCAUAAUGACUUUGGUCAUUUCUAUGGAUCAAGCUAUUUCUCUGCACCUGAUGCUUCUUGCACGCCGUCUUUGUCGCGUUGCAGAGAUGGGUUAUUGAUCUCGGACAUGGAUCUCAAUCUCUGCAGGCAGUAUAAAGACAAAUGGGGAUUUAGAAUGACUGCAAGAUAUGAAGUUUAUGCUGAUCUUUUGGAUAAGUACAUAAAGCUAGACUUUAAGCCUCAAGUUGUCUCUGACCCAAUGCUCCACAAGAAUUCUUCAUAAGUAAAAAAAAAAGUUACUUAAAUCUGUGAGUCUUCAAAUGAAGUAACUUUGUAACAGUAACAGAAUCUGUUUGGUUCCUCUGUUUUUAUCAAUAAAGUUGUUGAUGCCUAAGAGCACCCGCAACCACGGGUCCUUAGGAGGAAUCCUUAAGAAAAAAGAAAAAUGGGCAUUUCGGAUUAUAUAAGGAUAUUUCAGAUUUUUUCUUAAAAAAAUAAAAACUGACCAUUCA